GCGUCGUCAUCUCUCUCUCUCUCUCUCUCUCUUCAUUUUCUAGCCUACCAUUCUUGAGAGAAAUUGUGGGUUUUCUUGAAUAUUGGGUUUCGGAAAUCUGGGCAGUGUUGUGGAAUAUCUGAAUUUGUAUGGGUUCUUGAAUUCCCUUCAUCCCCACCAUUUUCUUGAUCACAUUAUAGGUCUUUUGGUGGAGAAAAAUCUUUCAACCCCAAUUUCAUUGGACUCAAAUUCAGCUGUUUAGUGCUAUGGGGUUCUAGGGAUUUGUCGUCUUGCCUUCCUUUCCCACAAAAUUUGAGUAGAUUUUGGUUUGAUCUUAAGAUAUUCUGAAAACCGAGGUUUGUUUGGCUCUUUCAUGUAAUAAUUCCAAGAAAUGCCCGCCACGGAAUUCCAAGGAUCAUUGGGACGUUCCUUUCUGGUUCUGAGCGCACGUGGCAAUCAAGCUCAGUUAAUGGAGACUGCGCAGGAAGCUUUCCAGGAGCACGUGGCGGAGCGUUUGGAGGACUUGUCCGCCGCCGACGACGACGAGCUUCUCACCAUUCCUUGGAUUCUCAAAGUACUAAAUGUUUUCCUAUGUUGCCAGGACGAGUUCAAGUCUAUUCUGUUGAACAACAAAGCGUUCUUGAAAAAAGCCCCCAUGGAGAGAUACGUUUCCGAGUACUUUGAGAAGAGCGUGAAGGGUUUGGAUGUGUUCAAUGUGAUUCGGGACGGAAUUGAGCGGAUUAGGCAGUGGCAAAAGCUGCUGGAGAUUGUGGUAUGUGCUCUGGAUAAUAAUCAGAGGAGUCUUGGGGAAGCCCAAUUUCGCCGAGCCAAGAAGGCUUUGGUUGAUUUGGCAAUUUGUAUGCUUGAUAAUAAUAAUAAUACUAGUAGUAGUAGUGCUAAUAAGGCCUCUAUUGUGGCUGCUUCACAUAGGAACCGUUCUUUCGGGCGAAACAAUGCCCAGAAGGAUCAAAGGUCCAUGGCCCAAUUUCGAUCACUCUCGUGGAGUGUUUCGCAGAACUGGUCUGCUGCUAGGCAGCUCCAAGCCAUGGCCAAUUCCCAGAACUUAGUCGCACCUAGGAGUAACGAGAUCGUGGCCUCGAAUGGGUUCGCUCUGGCCGUUUUCACAAUGAGCUAUGUGCUGUAUUUCGUAAUGUGGGCUCUCGUGGCCGCCAUUCCCUGCCAAGACCGCGGCCUGCACACCCAUUUUUAUGUGGCCAAUCAGUUCCUGUGGGCUGCCCCGCUCCUCUCACUUCACGACAGGAUUCUCGAGGAGUCCAAGAGGAAGGAGCGGAAGAACUCUUGUGGGUUGUUGAAGGAGAUUCACGGGAUUGAGAAAUGUGCUCGCUACAUCAAUGAAUUGACCGAUAUGGUCCAAUUCCCCUUGUCUGAGGAACAGGAGAAGGAAGUGAAGGAGAGAGUGGACGAGCUUAAACUAAUGUGUGAUACACUUAAGGAGCAGCUUGACCCGUUGGAGCGUCACGUAAGGGAAGCGUUCCAUAGGAUUGUUCGCUGCAGGGUUGAGGGGUUUGACUCCAUGGGACAAACAAGUCAGCAAUGAUAUUCAUAUAUGCUAUCAUUUUUGCCCCUUUUUUCCUUUUCCUAGAUGAGUCAUAAGAAGAAUGCUUUAUAUGCUAUACCUGUAUUGUGAGUAUAUAAUAUAGUCAAGUUUUUUCAGCAUGCCAGUAUGCACAUUUUUCUUGAUGUAAUCUUAGGAGAAAGUUAUAACACUGUCUGAAUUUCUCAUGACCAUUUUUACCAACACGAACAGGGUAUAAUCUGCUUGACCUUAUGAAUCAAGAGUUUGCUUGCUUUCUUCAUA